UAAAGGCACAUAAUUCAUAGAUAAAUUUAUACAUAAUGACACAGAAGAGAGUGGGUUUUGUUUGUUCUUUUUCACUUCCUUCGCAACACAAACAGAGAAAUAAUAAACUGACACUGUGGAUGAUUACGUGAAAUAUAUCAAGUCUUGUAUUCCUAUUGAAUUUUCUGAUUCUCAGUUUUUAACUUCUUGUUCUAGAGUUGUGAGUUUGCCCUUGUGAUAGUUUCCUUUGUUCUGUUUCUUUUUAUUUGUGUUAUUGUCAGGAAGAGGAGAGUUUGAAAGUGUUCAUAUCUUUGAGCUAAAUUCUCCACACCAAGAGAAUCCAGUCGACUUAAAAAAAAACACACAGAAAAUCUCAAAAGCUCGCAUGCAACAAGGACAAAAUGAACGAGUCAAGUUCGUGGAGCAUCUACAGUGCUAGAGAUGGAGAGAGUGAAGGGCCAUGGAGAUCUUCUACGUCGAUGAGUGCGAUCUCCUUUGGAUUCGUAGCUACGGCGAUACUCAUCGCCAUGUUCUUGAUAAUGGCCAUCUUCGAACAUCUCUUCAGGCCUGAGAGUUCAACAUUUGAUUCACCACAUCCAGGGAUCAGACAACGACAUAACCAGAGCAGAGAUGAUGGGUCCACUCUGUUCCAGAAACUUGCUAAUCAAGCAUCCAUGGUUCCGGUGAACAUGGCGGUGGAUGUAUCGAUAGUGAUGCCGGGAAAGAAUCUGCCGUCGCACAUAGCUUUACCGGCUCCUUUACCUAGUGGAAGGGAAGGCAUGCAUUCCUUGACCUCUCCACCUCUAGCAUCUCUGAUAGUAUAACUCGUUUUUUCUGACUCAUUUAGUGGAUUAGUGUUAAACCUGUUGAAAUGGUUUAAGGUGCAUUAAGAAGAGAUUGAUCAACCAAUGAAAGUUCGCUAUUUUUUAUUUUGUUACAUGCUUACGUUAUCAAUGUAUAAAUCGUUGUAUAGUUGAAUAACUUAUGUUGAUUAAUAUUUUGUCCAUAUCAACAAAAACAUAAUACCUCGCAUAAAGAAUUAUGUAUUUAACCAACAAGACGUAUU